CACAUACAUCUACAAUUUUGCAUGCAAUUAUUAACUCUCAUCGAGCUCAAACUUUUUGUUUGCAAAUUAAACUAGUGUCUUUUCUAGUAUGUUGUAAGCUGUUCAUACUGACUACCAAGCUACUCCGUCUUUAAUGUGAGCCUAACUUAAACCUAUAUCUACAUGCACAGACUAAUUGGAAGUAGUUAAGUUGCAGAAGUGAUUGGCCUGGAGGGCUGGUUUCUCUAAGACUUUAUAUGGCUACAGGUACUAUAGAGUCACUCAGGCAAUGUUUCUAUUUGAAAAGGUACUCAAGAAAGAUGAGACGAUGGGGAUUUUCAAUUACAGUGUUGCUUCUUCUGCUGCUGCUUGUCGCAGUCUCCGCCAUAGUCUUGUAUUACUUCUCACUACACUUAAAAACGACAAUAAACAUUGAAGGUCAAGUGAACCAAUUCAAAUCGAGUCUAUCCAAUCACCAUCUUAUUCUGCUGACCUACAUGCGCAGUGGCUCAUCUUUUGUCGGUGCUAUGAUUGGGGCUCAUCCAGACGUCUUUUACAUGUACGAGCCACUUUGGACUCCCAGACGUGCUUUAGGUGGUCUGACAAAGCUAAGAUACUUGAACGGGAGUGAACUGAACCUCAGCGAAGAUCAAACGACUUUCUGGUUCACCAGUGUCCAGGUUCUUAACGAUAUAUUCCAGUGUAGGUUUCAUCUUCUGGAUGUUGGCACUUUAACGCACACUCAUAUGUAUAGGAGUCCCAGUACAGAGGACUACGCCAUUUGUUUAAAUAUUUCUCAUGUGCAAGACUUGACUCUAAAAGAAGAAAUUAUAUCCAAGAUACCGAGUUGUCUCCCUUUGCUGACAUCUGCUUGUCAUCAAGCUAAGGUCAAACUUGUCAAGGUUAUUGAGGCCUUCAUGGAUCAGGCGAUAAAUCUGAUGUUGUCUGACCCUCUGGUCAAAGUCCUUCACCUAAUCAGAGACCCGCGCGCUGUGCUGAUCUCAAGGAAAGAGUUUGGAUUCUACCCGGAAGACGGCGUCGGGCAAAACUCUUGGGAGCUUUGCGUUCAAAUCCUGAGAGACUUGGAGCUCUACGUACAUAAACGGAAGCAGUUUGUCGGGAGAGUGUUGACUCUGAGAUACGAAGACAUCGUCCGGGAGCCUCUUGACUUAGGAAGACAGCUGUACCAGUUUGUUGACCUUGACAUUGGGCCAGAGUUCAUGGACAUGAUCUGGAACAUGACCUACGCGGGAUUUCCGGACGGCUGCAACGUGUGUCCAGUCAGGAGUAACGCCACGGUCACUGCCUACAAGUGGAGGAAAAGGGCGUCUUUUAAAACAGUUGCCCGAAUACAAAAUAAUUGCCUUGACCUUAUAAACCUCAUGGGCUAUAGAAGCUUCACAAGUGAACGCGAGUUGUCUAGCUUGCAUCUUCCUGCUGUACACAGGAAUUAUGACCCCAGGUUUCUUCAAGUUCUGAUACGAAAAUAAAUAUUGAAAAUUACGUUGACAACGAAUUAGUUAAGGUCUAAGUAGACAGUACAGAUGACUGAGCUUUUUUUUUUUUUUUUACAAAGUACUUAUCAACUCUGUCUGUCUGCAUGUCUGUCUGUCUGGUAAAAAGUGUUUACACGUUAUUUCUCCCACACCCAUUCUCGGAUCAAGUUGAAACUUUAAACAAGUAUUUAUUUUACAUAACAAAACAUGAAUUAAUAAAAAAAAAUAUAAUCAAACAGCUAA